AUGUUGUUGAAAGGCAAGGAGUUUGAUUCAAUACCAAUUCACAAUGAUGAAUAUAGCAUCAAUGUAUCAUCAUGGCCGACUAGAUUUCAUUGGAUUUCGUCAAAACACCUAUCAAGAUUGCAUUCUCUCAUACUUCAUUUAUUUCCGAAGCUUGAUACUUCAACACUUUCUACAAAAUUUUCAAAUAAGAAACAUCAGUCUGCUACACUAAAAGAAGCAUUUCGAGAAAUUAAAAGCAUGGAUCAAUUAGAACACUUAUUACACAAAUAUCGUAAUAUUCCAUUAACCUCGCAGGACGUCAAAGAAUACCGAAUUGGCAAGCAACCAUAUUACAUGGAUCAAGAUGGAGAUUUUGCAAAUGAGUUUUAUGAGAUGGUCAUUGACAGAAAAACUGGAAAUGAAAUACUAGUACAGAUUUUCCCAUAA